AUAUCAUUUUGACAUUUUUCACACGAAAAUAAUUGAAAUACAUUUACAUUUUAUUAAUUACAUAUGUUCAACUAAUAGUAUUUGAGAUAAAUGAAACUAUGCAUAAAAUCAAUAUAUUUGUAAUUAAUAUUAAGCUGAAAAUUGUAUUUAAAUUCUAAAAUGACAUUUUUUGUAACAAGAAAAAAAUGUUAAAUGACACUUAAUAUGAAACAAGUAGUAGUAUACAAAUUUAAAAUAUUUUAAAAAUUAUUAUACAUAAAUAAAAUUCUUAAUUAUUAGAAAGUCUUAUUAAAAUUCUUACCAAAUUAUUUAAAACUCCCAAAACUUUAGGACCAUUUAUAAACAAACAAUAAUUCAUUUCUACAUAACAUCUGCACCAUUUCUACAUGUUACUUAUAGAAUCCGUCAUAGACAUAUGCAAGUGAACCAUUAGCAGAAAACUAAAUACAUACUUUCAAAUUACUUGAAACAAAGUUUUAUUAAAAAAAAAAUCGUAAUUUUUUUACACUCAGAAGUCAGAAUCUCAAAACCGACUGCUUGUUCAUUUGUAAUCAACACAUGCAAAGAUGACACUAAUUAUGCAUACAAUUUGCUUUGAUGUUAUAAGAGUUUCUUUGUUACCUGGCUAGAGAUACACACCCACAUGGCUCAGAUCCACGUCCACAUAAACAAGGCCCAAAAGAGGAAACUAGAGUCUACAGCCCAUUAAGGUUAGAGAUUCUUAUCUUCACCGACUCCUCCGCUACGUGCCAAUGUUAUUUAAUUCCUCUUCCUAUUAAUUAUCCACGCGAUUUUAAACGGAAUAUCUAAAAACUAGAGAAAAUGGGAGUGGUAGUGAUCGAUGGAUCAACCGUACGAUCGUUCGUGGAGGACGAGGAGCAGUUCAAGAAGACCAUAGACGAGAGGUUCGCAGCUCUGGAUCUAAACAACGACGGCGUUUUAUCGCGAUCCGAGCUACGGAAGACGUUAGAAUCGAUGAGGCUUUUGGAAUCGCACUUCGGCGUCGAUGUGGUGACUCCUCAGGAGGAGCUGACGAGUCUGUACGACUCGAUCUUCGAGAAGUUCGAUACGGAUCAGAGCGGUUCCGUGGAUCGGGAGGAGUUCAGAUCGGAGAUGAAGAAGAUCGUGCUAGCGAUCGCCGAUGGGCUUGGAUCGUGUCCGAUUACGAUGGCGUUAGAUGACGAUGAUGAUAAUUUGCUGAAGAAAGCGGCGGAUCUGGAAGCUUCGAAGCUCGAGAAGAAGGCUUCGUGAUGAACGAUGAUUAAGUGGAUGAUCUUAGGGAUCUUUAAAGUGUUCGUCGUCUUCGUUGUUGCUUAUGUUGUUUUGUGAUGUAAGCCAAUAUGAAUUAAUAAAAGCCUUUUGUGAAAUUUGAAUUA